CAGCGCUAUUUCCGCGGCCACACAGCCCCGGGUAGGUGGCAAUUGGAUCAUGUCAUAGUUCCAGAGUCAUCCUUAGAACCUCCACCUGCACCCACAGCCACGGGCGUUGCGGAUACACCCAUUGCGUAUGCUUCCGUUCGUCUGUAUUCGGAUCUAUAUGACAUCCCACAAAUACAUCAGACAGGGAGACUCAUGGCGAUCGUUUGACGCUCAUGGGUGCGGUGAGAGCGCCGCAAGGACCGUACACCAUGCCGUGCUGUGUCAGACCUCUGCGUUCUUGCCGGUCUCCCACUGUAAUUUUAAGACAUGCAUAAAAGCCCCCGUCCUUGUACGCUUCCUUAUACUCGCCUUUCAGCCUUUUGUUCACCUACAAAUCCCGACACCGCUCUCUCAACUCACUAGCGGAAUGUGUACCACUGAGUGUUGGGGAAAUCAGCAUCGCUACGGUCGCUGCAACCAUUAUGUCAAGCAGUACGAGACCGGCAUCAAGAAAGACUGUGGAUCACCGACGUGUGGGCUCAGUAAGGCCCACAAACAUACAGCCCGGCAAUGUAACUGCCCAAAGGUGUACCAAGAAGAGCAGCGGAUCCUUAAUCUCAUCCGCUAUUACUGCGACGCAUGUCAGUCGCAAGGAUGGAAAUCGAUCGAGCGCGAGUCUGGUCGGCAAUAUUGAGUUUUGCUUGGCCUCGGUUGAUCGCUGUGGUUCCAGGGUUAUUUAUGACAGAUGUACGACGACCUACUGUAUUUCUUAUCAUUUUAUGGCCCAACCGUGGGCAGUGCAGUACGGCUUUCCGCUGCGUUUCGAUCAUGAUAUCUAAGCUUGGAGCCCGAGAUUGGCAUUGGUGUCCGGUAGUGAAAUGUAGCAUAUUAUACAGAGGGUCUACGAAUGGGAAUGGUCAAUCAAGUAUCGGUUGCGGUUGAAGAGUGUUCAUAGCUACAACAAGUCCAUCGUACAAUACUUUGAAUCGCCCCUGCGUCCGCGAUAGAAAUUUCCUAGAGUUUUCAUGGCUGGCCCGAACGUUUCCGUGACCACGGCGUUCUUGGCAAUCCAUUGAGGGAGCUUCUCGCGAAUACGCGGCGACCCAUAACGGCAGUCGACCAGUAUGAGAGCAGCCCAGUCGUUCCGAUGCCGAAUAGCCCGUCCUACA